AGCAAUUUGGGAGUUCCCGAGAUUGAGCAGCGGCUUCAGGCGCUCGAACAGAAUUGGCACGAUUUGAAACGUAUGGCCACUUUGAGGGGCAAUAAGUUGGAGGAAUCGCUGGUUUUCCAACAAUUCUUGGCCAAAGUGGAGGAGGAAGAGGCCUGGAUUUCAGAGAAACAUCAGCUCCUGUCCAUCGAAGACUACGGCGAUACUAUGGCUGCCGUUCAGGGACUGUUGAAAAAACACGACGCCUUCGAAGCAGACUUUGCCGUUCAUCGGGAAAGAUGUGCCGAUAUUAUUAACGCCGGACAACAGCUCGUGGCUGAGGGUAAUCACCACUCGGACGGUAUUCAACAGCGUCUGCAACAACUGUCCACUCGUUUGGAUGCGUUGGACGGAAGCGCUCGCCGCCGAAAAGGCAAACUACUGGACAACAGCGCGUACUUGCAGUUCAUGUGGAAGGCGGAUGUGGUCGAGUCGUGGAUCGCCGAUAAGGAGGUUCAGGUCCGCAGCGAUGAUUAUGGCCGCGACCUCUCCAGUGUGUCUACUCUAUUGACGAAACAAGAGACCUUCGACGCCGGGUUGGCUGCCUUCGAACAGGAAGGCAUACAAAGCAUAACUCAGCUCAAGGAUCAGUUGACGGCCUCCAACCACAACCAGACCUCUGCCAUCAGUAAA